AUGGAACCAAAUCCUGUAAUUAUCGCUGCCACAGCCAAACAAACGGCGUCUCUAAUAUUUCUUCAUGGUCUGGGUGACACUGGCCAUGGUUGGGCAAAUACAAUUGCUGCUAUUCGUGGCCCUCACGUUAAGGUAAUAUGUCCGACUGCCGCUACGAUGCCAGUGACGUUGAAUGCAGGUUUUCGUAUGCCGUCGUGGUUUGAUUUAAGAACAUUAGAUGCUACAGCUCCUGAAGAUGAAGAGGGAAUAUUAAGAGCCACUGAACAUGUUCAUCGUCUCAUUGCUAAUGAAAUUAAAGCUGGUAUACUCCCCAACAGGAUAUUGCUGGGCGGAUUUUCUCAAGGUGGUGCAUUAGCACUUCAUGCCGGUUUGACAUAUCCAGAACCUCUAGCUGGAAUUAUGUCAUUAUCUUGUUGGUUACCACGACAUGCUCAUUUCCCAGAUGCAGUAAAGACUUCUAAAGAGUUACUCAUAUUCCAAGCUCAUGGUGACUGUGAUCCAGUAGUUCCAUUUAAAUGGGGACAAAUGACUGCUUCAUUCCUCAAGACUUUCAUGAAAAAUGUUGAAUUCACAACAUACCAGGGGUUGACACAUAGUUCUUCAGAUGCGGAGCUUAAAGAUAUGAGAGCUUUUAUAGAAAAAACACUGGCUGUUUAA